AACUUUGAUAGAAAAUUCUGGAUGAUGGAUACUGAAACUUCUCAAUCGGAAACAUCAAGCUGCUCUAACAUCACACGCUUUGAUAUUUUCAUGGAAAACCAGGAGCUUUCUAGAAUUGAUUUUGACAAUAUCAGUGCAGAGCUCAACGCAUUGCUCGAUAGACUCAGAAGGGCUUAUGAAUCUGAAGAGAGUUUAGAUAGAAGAGUUCACAAAAUGACAGCUUCUCUCGAAACUCAGAGACUUGCCCAAAAACUGACUCGCAAGAUCUACUUUCAUCUAAGCUCUGAUGUGGCAAAAACAGAUGAGGAUCUGAAAAAGGUAAGCUCUUCAGAAAAACUGUACACAGUUGCGAGGAAAACGACUGAAACAUUUUUCAAGAGACUUUUUCAGAGGAUGUUGAAGUCGCCAGACACUUUUGAAAACCAAGAACUAGACACUGCCUUCAAAGAAUUACAAAAUGAGGUUUCACAUAUUUCCAUCCCUCCAGAGAUCCAAAGCGUAGCAUCUGUCACUGAAGAUGACCAGUUAAAACAAUCUCCUAGAACCUUGUUCAAGUCCUCCAUGGAAGAACAAGAUGCCACAAAUGCGGCAGAACAACAUCCUAGUCCAGUAACUUGUGGUGUGCUAGACACUUUUGAAAACCAAAACGUGCGCACUCCCUUGGAAGGAUUACAAGAUGAGGUUUUAAAUAUUUUCAUCCCUCCAGAGACCCAAAACUUAGAAUCAACUGACAUUGAAGAAGGCCAGUUAAAAUCAUCUCUCCCACAACAGAUGAAGUCCUUAAUGGAAAAUGCGGCAGGUCUACAUCCUAAUCCAGUAACUUGUAAUGUGGCAGACAUUUUUGAAAACCAAGAUGUGUAUGCUAUCGUUAAAAAAUUACAAAGUGAGUUUUCAGAUGCUCCCAUCUCUCCCGAGACCCAAAGCUCAGAAUCAGCUGUCAUUGACAAUGACCUGAUAAAAUCAUUUCCUCAGAAAGUGGCUAACUCCUUAACGGAGAAUGUGGCAGGACAACAUCCUAAUAAAGUAAUUUGUAAUGUGGCACACACUUUAGAAAACCAAGAUGUAUGUGCUGUCCUCAAAAAAUUACAAAGUGAGUUUUCAUCUACUUCCAACUCUCCUGACAGUCAGAGCUCAGAAUCAACUUUCUUUGACGAUGGACAGUUAAACUCAUUUCCCCAAAAACUGAUUAAAUCCUUUGUGGAAAAUAUGGCAGGACAAAGUCCUGAUCCAGUAACUUGUAGUGUGUCAAACACUUUUAAAAACCAGGGGGUGUGCACUGCAUUUAAAGAAUUACAAAAUGAGAUUUCACAUAUUUCCAUCCCUACAGACACCCAAAGCUCAGAAUCAACAGACAUUGAUGACCAGUUAAAAUCAUUUCCUCAGAAACUGAUCAAGUCCUUAAUGGAAAAUGUGGCAGUACAACAUCCUAAUCCAGUAACUUGUAAUGUGCCAGACACUCUUGAAAACCAUGAUAUACGCACCGCCUUAAACAAAUUACAAAGUGAGGUUUCAGAUACUUCCAUCUCUCCAGAGACACAAAGCUUAGAAUCAACUGUCAUUCAUGAUGGAGAGUUAAAAUCAUUUCCUCAAAAAGUGAUUAAGUCCUUAGUGAAAAAUGUGGCAGGACAACAUCCUAAUCCAGUAACUUGUGGUCUGCCAAGCACAUUUGCAAACCAUGAUGUACACACUGCCUUCAAAAAAUUACAAAACCAUGUUUCAAAUAUGUCCAUCCCUCUAAAGAUCAGAAGGUCAGAAUCAAUUGACAAUGAUGAUGGGCAGUUAAAAUCAUUUCCUCAAAAAAUGAUUAAGUCCUUAGUGAAAAAGGUGGAAGGACAACAAUUUACUCCAGAACCUUGUACUGCCUCUGUACAAAUUCAUUCUCAACCUUGUGCUGCUUUUGCACAAGUUCCUGCUCCAGAACUUUCUACUGACUUUGAUCAUGUUUCUUCUGCAGAGAAAUCUACUCCCUUUAAAUUCUUUAACAGGCCUACUAUUGGAACCAUCCAUUCAAAGCUCAGCAGCAUUGGCCGAAAACAUCAUCCCAACAUUGGGGAUCAGGGAACCAGCAAACAACCACCUUAUAAUCCUGCUACCAAGAGGGACCUUGAUAGUGUGCAGACUGGGCUACUAGGAGUAGACCCUACAGCACRCACUGAAGUCAGGGCAGGUCAAGASAAGCAAGAGAAAGGAAUACAAUGUUUUGAGCAYGGCAUUGCUCAGGGAGAAGAUGAUUUGACUGACUGUGAGUUCCAUUGCAAAACUUGCAAAUCCAGUGUCAAACCCUCUGUGCUUAAGGAGUUUAUCAAUGAGGUGUCAGACUUGCUUCAAUGCCAAACAUGUAAACACGAGAUUUACAUUAUUUCUGCUGUCGUCAAUAGACUUUUGGAAAAAUACCCCCGUGAUUCUGAACGACUGCUGCUGAGGGAACAGUCUGCUGUUCUGAAAAGGCGUCUCUGCAUUUACCUGUCAGCUCACUUAGGCAUUCAAAAAUGCUAUGAAAUUGAUCAGAAACUAAACUCAGAUUACUAUGCUAAGGUCAUAGUUAACAACCUUCUAGGGAUCUACGGUUCACCAAGAAAGCUGAUCAAAGCCGCAGUUAUUCCAGACAGUAACUUUUGCGAUGACUUUGCAGCAUUUGUUGGAUGUGAACUUGUAAAGACAAGAGCAUACAAGAAAUACAGUUUCCUUAAAAGGAUGUUUUCGCCUUUCAAAAAGGCCUUCAAUUGGACUUAUGAUCAGUUCGCUCCAGCCACACAGGUGAUGUUAGAUCUCAGUUGUUGUGGAUAUGCUUUUCCAAAAGACAGAGAUUAUUAGGAGGAUAACAAAAUAAAUCCUCAUCUCUAUUUUCAUUGACUUUUCUCAUUUUGGUGGAGGUUUUUUCCUGUAAAAACAGAGUUUUCCCUCUUAUGUGAUGUUAGAUAAAAAAAAACACCUUCCAAAGUAGAAAGACAUACAUUUUCCUUUGGUUCUGUUCUUAACAUAAAUUAGCUUGGUUUUUAAAAAGUUGACUUGUGGGUUCACUCCGGGCUUUCUGGCUCCCGAACUUUACUUCAGAACAUGUGGUUUUUUGUACAUAUUGUUAAUCUAAACUGUACUUUAUUUUUUUCUCUCGCUCUCAUUUUCUUUUGUAAUU